ACUUCUUCAAUCGACAUUUUAUAUUUUUCAGUAGAACUGCAAAAAAAUCAAUUUAAUGUGUUAUGCACGCAUACUUUUUUUACACUAAAGAUAACUGAUGCAGCAUGUCGGCUUCGAUUUUUUUCGCGCCUUUACCUAGCGCAUAUUUCAUAAGAAUAUUAUUGAAAUAGUGUGCAUUUCGUGCAAAGAAAAAAUUUUCAAGACGGUACAUAGCUUCUUAAGUCAGACUUCACAGCAAUGUAAUUCCGACAAUUCACUACAAGUUGUAAAAUUGUCGAUUGCACGAGAAAUGAUUCCCAACCAGCAAUAGUACACGUAAUAUAUUUGUACGUAACGGUAGUCAUGAAAGAGAGAAUAACGUUAAAAAAGGCGAUUGCCGUCGUAAAGUUCAGUUUGUUUGUUAUAUGGUUUUGGCCUCUACCACUGAGCGCUUCUAAACACAAAGUGCUAUGUAUGAGGCUGUAUCAGAUUGUCUGUAUAUUACUGACUGUAACCGUAUUAGCGUCGAUGAUAUAUGCCACCGUGAAGAAUAUCAAUGAUCUCGAUCUUUUCAUAAAAUCGUCAUUGGGUUUGUUCCCUACGAGCCACGUUCUGGGCAACAUUCUGUGUCACCUAAUUAUGUAUCGACGAUUACAAUGCGUUACUCAUAAAGUGGAAAAUUUUUGCGAGUUUAUGGAGUCUCACGAGGAAGCGACUGUUCAGCGGGAGUAUGUUGAUAAGUAUUCCAAUUUCUACGGUUUCUGCAUGAGUUUAUUCUACAUGAGUCUGUUCGGCCUUUUCGCGGGUCCCAUCGUGCUGGACGAGCCGCUUCCGGCGCCUGCUGAAUUUCCAUUCGACGUGUCUCAUCAACCGCUACGUGCUAUUACAUACAUGCACCAAAUCGUGGUUGGUCUGUUCAUAGCUGCGCAUUUGUGCGUAAACGCUUUCAUGGCGCUUUUACUCUGGUUAGCAUCAGCGAGAUUUAAAUUGUUGACUGAUGAGUUACGAACGAUCACGAACAUCUAUGAUUUCGCGAAAUGCAUCGAGAAGCAUCAGCAGUUACUCGAAUAUGCAGCAGAGGUAGCUCUUACAGUUCGUCCUUUUGCACUGGUAACUGUAUUUUUCAGUACUGUAUCAUUAAUAGUAUUUGGCCUUAUUUUUAUUGCAGAGGUAUCAUUAUCCUUGAAAAUACAAUGUGUCUUUUUAGCAACCAGUGCAUUAUUAGAAGUAUUUAUGUAUGCAUGGCCAGCGGAACAUUUGAUACAUGUAAGUACCAAUGUAGGACAAGCAGCUUUCGAAAUGGAUUGGUAUGAUGAAGCUGAAUAUCUUCGUAAGAACCUACAAAUGAUUAUACUCAGAAGCCAAAAGCCAAUACUUGUUGUAUUACCAUGCGGCUUGCCCUCGUUAUCUUUACGUUAUUAUGCCUCGUAUCUGUCAACCAUAUUCUCUUACUUCACUACAAUGCGAAUAAUGUUUGAAGAGGAAGACUCUGGAAUAUAAGUAAAACGACAUACUUUUAAUGGCGAAAAAAACGUUCUCUGCACUAUUGUAAAUUAUAAAAUUAUUAAACUA